AUGGACGACCCUCAAUCCCCUCUCGCCAGGGAGGUCGUAUUCGCGCGGUUCUUGCCACACCUUUUCAACCAAUCCUCUCCUACGACGGCGAACGCACUUCUCGCCUUCUUCGAUUUGCGACUUCGGCUCAUGAAGAAUCGUCAUGACGUCGAGCUGGUGUAUGCUGCGUACCUUCUCGCGGCUCUGGCGGAUUUGUACAAGUACACGAUCAAGUGCCCCUCCCCACACUCCUUCCUUUGCUUAUUCCUUGCCGCUGCCAUGGUGGCCAACAAGAUGGUCGACGACGACCCAUACUCCACGGACUCCUGGGUUCACAUUUCCGUGAAUCUCUGCACCCCCGAAGAGCUCAAGGCCGCGCAACGGGAUCUCUGCCAGCUGCUUCACUGGCGCCUCAAUGUCCCUCACCCCGCGCUCAUUGAUUUCGAGCUCAGCAUUCGGGCUCGGUACUUCUGGCCUGGACCUUACUUCGGACCGCCCCUCCAUCCUUUCGUUUCCCUCCCCGGAUUGUUCGACGACGAUCCGAACAUCUGUCCACUCCCUCUUCCCCCAUGGCUAUCAGCAUCUGCCGUGUGGCCCAUGCCGCAGACAGCGACCCCCAUUGAACACCCCCUCUCACCUUCACCGUCGACCGAUCGCUCCGACAUCCUGAAUGCCGCCACGCUGCUUCCCAGGCCUUCCUCCAACCCACCGGUGCACCUGUCACCUCUCCGAUCUCAUUCCAGAAGACGAUUGCUGCGGUGCAGUAGCAUGCGGGAAGUCCCUGUGGAGGAUAUGGACGAAGGAUACUGUUCGGAAUUUUCUACCUCUGACAGCCCGAUACUGCUGCGGAAGUCUUCGAUCAUCUCUACCUCCACGGACGACUUCUCGCGCAGUUUCCUCGGCUGA